CCGGGUCGUAAUGAUGGCACGCUUGUGAGAGGAACAUGUGAGGUUUUCUGCAUGAGAAUGUUUUAAGAUAUUUACACUGAUCCACGCGUAGUUUUGUGAAGUUUAAGAUUACAUUUUUAGAUUUUGUUAAUCAAUGAAACUUACAUUUGGGUGGAAGCAAUGGAAGCAGAUUUCCCUCGAGGUGGCACACAGAAGUCUUCUGUGGACAAAUCCGUGAAGUCCCAUGAAGUGGACAAUCUCUUUCAGACACAGGAACCAGUGGUUAAAAAGAAGAGAAAGACUGUGAAACAGGAUGAUGGGGAGAACUUUAAAAAACACAAAGUGGAUGAUAGGGGUUUAAAGCUUAAUACGGCUGACGGUGUGGAAAUUCUUCAUUUUCUGAAUCUGAAGGUUGGCACUCUGCUGCUUGGCUGUGUAAGGGAAGUGUCAGAUUUGGAGGCCGUCGUGGGUCUGCCAAGUGGCCUUGUUGGUUACCUUCCAAUCCGUAACAUCUGUGACGCUUACACAAAGAUCCUUAUUGAACAACUGGAGUCUUUAGACAGUUUUGAGGAAGUUGUCACUCUCUCUGAACUUCUGACUCCUGGAACUCUGGUCAGAUGUGUUGUAUCUUCUUUAAACUCUGUUAAUAAGGGCCAGAUUAGUCUUAAAUUGUCGAUCAACCCAAAAGAGGUUAACAAGUGUUUGAGUGCAGCUGCUUUGAAACCUGGAAUGACUCUGAGUGGUUGUGUGGAGAGUGUGGAAGAUCACGGGUUCCUGGUUGACAUUGGAAUCAACGGCACUAAAGCUUUCCUGCCCAAGAAGAGUACGUCCACAAAACAAGAUCUAAAGGUGGGCCAGUAUGUAUUAAGUCUCAUCGAGGAGGUCAAGAACGAAGGACGUGUGGUGCGCUUGUCUCUGAACCCCCAGGCUGUCAAUAAGGCUGUCGCAGGGACUCAGCAAGGAUGGACUCUAGACAGUCUCCUGCCCGGCCUGCUGAUCCGGGUGCACAUAAAAAGGGUGACUCCUCAUGGGCUUGUUGUAGAGUAUCUCUCGUCUUUUAGUGGCACGGUUGAUUUUUUGCAUAUUGAUCAAGACAAAGCAUCCUGCUACAAAUCGGGCAAUGAGGUCCUGGCACGGGUUUUGUACAUAGAGCCCUCCUCUCGGGCGGUUGCCCUCUCCCUGCGCAGCCAUCUCUUGCCACCAGGGGGCAGUGUACUUGGUAACUUCACCAGUGAGCAGAUUGGAGAGGUGGUUCAGGGCUGUAAAAUGACUGCCGUGCACCAUCACUCCGGGGCCUUGAUGGAGUUGCCCGACGGUACCAAGGCUUUUGUGCACAGAAAAAGAAUGAAGGAGCCGAAAGAAGAAUUCAACGCGAGUCGUUUGCUGGCCAAGCCCGAACAUAAUAUGAGAAUAACAGAUUACAGCCCAAUGGAGCAAAUUCACAUGGCUUCACUACGCAAGAGCAACAUUGAAGCAACGUUCUUCAGAUACCAAGACAUCCAAGUGGGGCAAAUUAUUGAGGCCACAGUUAUCAGUUUGCAGAAACUGGGUAUGUUUGUGAGGGUAACAGACCACAUCAAAGGAAUGAUACCCAGAAAUCACCUGGCUGACGUGGUCCUGACAAACCCAGAGAAAAAGUUUCACGAGGGCAUGAAACUCAAGUGCAGGGUCUUAUCAGUGGAUGAAGCUAAUAAGCGGCUACUCCUGACCAGAAAAAAGGCCCUGAUCGAGUCCAGGCUCCCCAUCAUCCAGUCAUACUCUGAUGCCAGGGUGGGCCGCGUCGCUCAUGGCUCCAUUAUGUGCGUGAAGAAGUAUGGCUGCAUUGUGCGGUUUUACGGGGAAGUGAAAGGCUUGGUUCCUGUGCAGGAGAUGUCAACCGAGCAUGUGACCGAUCCAGAAGAUCUCUUCUUUGUUGGCCAGGUUGUCAAAGCCAAAGUGAUAAAGUGUAAUGCAGAAAGUGAGAAACUGGUCUUGUCUUUCAAAGCCGUAACUGAAGUUGAUGUAAUACAGACACAGACUGCUCAGUUUGACUUUGAGAUUGGAAAGACGGUUGAUGUAAGAGUCAGCAGAAAAGUCCUGGAUGGCCUCGAGGUCUCCGUUCUACCUGAGGAGAUCCCAGCUUUCCUUCCCACGGUACAUCUGUCUGAUCAUGUGACCAACUGCCUUCUCCUGUGGGAUGCGCUGGAGGAGGGGGACAACAUCUCAGACGUAGUUUGUCUCAACAAGAACAAGAGGGGCAUUAAUCUCACUAAGAAACCUUCACUGAAGGCCUGUCUGGAGGAUGGAAACGUCCCUACAGGGUUCUCCGAGCUGCAGGUGGGGAUGCAGAUGGUGGGCUGGGUGAAGAACAUCAUGCCUUACGGAGUCUUCAUCGACUUUCCUCGCGGACUCUUCGGCCUUGCCCCUAAAGCUGCCAUGUGCGAGCAGUUCAUCACAGACACAUCCAACGUCUUCACGAUUGGCCAGACGGUGGUUGCCAAGGUGACCAAUCUGGACGAGGAGAAGAACAGGUUUCUGGUCAGUCUGAAGGUGUCGGAAUUGAAUCUCUCUGAGGAAGACGCCCAUGCCAGACUGAUCCAGGGUCAGAAGGAGAGGAAGGCCAUCAUUGAGAUGGUGACAUGCAGAGGUGAAUCUGACCUUCUGGAGCAGCUCUCAUCUGUAUCAGUCGGAGAUAAAAUUAAGAUGGUCGUGGAAGAUGUCAAAGAGGACGGAACGGUCACGCUGACCUCCGAUCGGCUCAGCGAGGCCAUCGUAUUGGCCUCCAAACAUCACACGACAGGAGUGAAUACGACUCCAGGUUGCAAACUCACGGCUGUGGUGCUUCACGUCGACCCUUUGAAAUCACAAGUACUUGUGUCGCUGUUGCCGACAUUGACCAGAAAGAGAAAAUCUCUGAGUAACGACUCGGAACACGCCGCCACAAUCCAAUACAUUGACAAAGACUUUGCUGUCGUCUCAUUGGGUGAUACGGGUCACCUGACCAUCAUUCCCGCUAAGACACAAUUAAAUGACGUCGUCGAUUUGGAAUCGUUUUCCGUUGGGUCCUGUCUGAAUGUGAUUGUGAAGGACCCGAGCAGAGAGGAAUUGGGUGGGCUUCCUCUCGUGGCUUGCAAAGGCCAGGACCAGCAGGUCAAAUCGAAGAGCAAAGCGCAAAUGCACAGUCUUGGGGUGAUGGUGACUGCCAAAGUCACAAAGUUGAAACCCUUGGGCGUGCUCGUGAUGUUGCCGUCAGGGACCACGGGUCACAUCCAUGUGUCUGAGAUAGAGGAGUCGCCUGUUGUCGGCAGCCUUCCGACAUCGUCCCUGAAGGUCGGGGCGGAGGUCCAAGCCAAAGUGAUCGGAGGACACACAGUUCGUGGAAACAGGUUCCUGCCGGUCACCCACCCCAACUUUAAGUUGGCUCUUCCUGAACUUACAAUAUUGCCAAGGAAACUGGAAGGCGGUUCCAUGCAGACAGUUGACAAACUGAAGCACUACAAACCCGGCCACGAGGUCAUCUGCUUCCCCUCAAAGUACGACAAACAAUUGAAAUGCCUAGAAGUUCACGUGAAGUCCAACAUCAUGGGUACCGUUGAGCUGUUGGCCAUGAUAAGCAAACCUGGGCAAGCGAAUAACCCACAGAAGCUCUUUAAACCUGGCCAGGCCGUUUUAGCAAAGGUUGUUGGGAAUAAUCCAAGCAGGACUGGUCAACUUUCCCUGUCACUCACAGGGAUAUACAAGCUAGAGCAGGGAUCGGUCACCAUGGGGAUGGUUUGGAAAAUCGAGCCUCACCGGGGACUGUUUGUCAAACUUCCGUUUGGGAAUUCGGGUCUUGUGUCGUUGAUGGAUCUCUCCGACGAGUACUCGGACAACCCACUGGAGCCUUACAAAGAGGGCCAAGUGAUCCGGUGCUGUAUUAUCGGGGAAGAAAAGGGACAUUUCAAUGUUUCGCUACGUACUUCCAGAACAAAUAAGGUUCAGCAGGAGAAAGUUACAGACCCAGAAAUUCAGUCCAUUUCUGACAUAAAAGAGGGUCAGAUUGUCAGAGGAUAUGUGAAAACUGUUGGGGUUUCGGGCAUAUUUGUGAGGUUGUCAAGGUCCCUAGAGGGGAGAGUUCAGUUACAACACGCUACGAAAUACUACAUAAAUAAGCCGGAGGUGAUAUCCAAACACGUUACCCAGAAUGCAUUGGUUACUGCCAAGGUUCUCAGCGUGGACACAGAGAACAUCCACGUGUCCCUGUCACUGCUCACAAAAGACACCGGGAAAUCGGAUAUUCUCCCAGAAUCCCUCAAACUGCCAUCGCGUCUGCCGGAAGACAAAAAGAAGACGCACAACCGAACCAAGAGGAAGCGUGUGUCCUCUGAGAGCCAGCAACAAGAUGAAAAGAAACAUGGGAAAAAGGCGAAAAAGAAUAAGGCUAGCACAGUGACGGAGGAACGCGUAGAUAAGAAGAAAGCAAAAAAAGAAGACAGUGAUAGCGGCGUGGAGGUGUUCUUCAGAGAGGAAGACGAUGACGAACCGAAUAAAGAGUGUGAGAAGAAGAAUCCAAAGGAACCCGAGCGGCUGCAGAUAUCAUGGGACUUCUCCUGGGACACUACGCUGAGCUCUUUAACUCCCGCAGCCGUGGACCAGGUAUACGAGUCCAGCGAAGAUGAGGAGGAAGACCAGAGCAAGCCUGUGAAGAAGACUCGUAAAGAGCUCCAGCAGGAGCAGCAGAAUGCAGAACAGCAGCUCAGCAAGCUGGAGGCGGAGCUUAUGGACCCGUCGGUUCGGCCGGACAACGCCACAGCGUUUGAGCGCCUGCUCCUCUCGUCCCCGGACAGCUCGUUCCUCUGGCUGCAGUACAUGGCCUUUCAUCUGCAGGCCACACAGAUCGAGCAGGCGCGAGCUGUCGCUGAGAGAGCCCUCAAAACCAUCUCCUUCAGAGAGGAGCAGGAGAAGCUGAACAUUUGGGUGGCCAUGCUGAACCUGGAGAACAUGUACGGCACCGAGGAGAGUUUGCAGAAGGUUUUCGAGCGCGCCAUUCAGUACUGCGAACCCCUGCCUGUUUACCAGCAGCUAGCCGACAUUUACGCCAAGUCAGACAAGCUCAAAGAAGCGGAGAGUCUUUAUAAAAGCAUGGUGAAGCGCUUCAGGCAAGAGAAAGCUGUGUAUGAGAGUUACGGCAACUUUCUGCUGCGGCAGGGUCAGAGCAAUGCUGCUAAUGCCCUCCUGCAGAGGGCGCUGCAGAGUCUGUCCAAUAAAGAUCAUGUCGACUUGAUCACCAAGUUUGCCCGUCUUGAGUUCCAGUACGGGAACACCGAGAGAGCCAAAUCCAUGUUUGACAAGGUCCUCGGAACCUACUCCAAACGUACUGACCUGUGGUCAGUGUUCAUAGACCUGAUGGUGAAGCAUGGCUCUCAGAAGGAAGUGAGGGAGAUUUUCGAUCGUGUGAUUCACCUGAGCGUGUCGGUGAAGAAGAUCAAGUUCUUCUUUAAGCGUUACCUGGAGUACGAGAAGAAACAUGGCACACCCGAGAGCAUCCAGGCGGUCAAACAGAAAGCUCUGGAAUAUGUGGAGUCUAAAGGAGCGGACGCCGCCAGCUAGAAACAGAACUGAUGUGUAGAAAACUGGUGUAUUAUUCAGAUCAGAAUCUUCGGGACGAAUUGUUUCCCAUUAUUUCAAUGUCGUCUGCUUUUGAACCUUUGGCUGUUUUUGGACACACCUUUUUGUGUUUUGGAACCAUUGGCCAGAUUUCCUGAAGUAGUUAUCUCAAAUUAAAUUGGUAUAGACAUGCAGAUCAGUGAAUAACUAACGUAUUAUUUAUAAUGCAUAUUAUGCCUGGUAUGGUAAAUGUCAUUGUUUAAUCGAAGUUUCUGGAUCAAUUCCC